UAUAUCAAUAUUAUCACUAUAUAAAAAAACUGACACCAUUAACAAACAAACAAAAAAAAAAGUGCCCAUAAAAACCACUCACUCAUAUUCUUUCAAUUCCUCACUUUAACUCUUUUUUUUUUUAUUUAUUUUUUUGGUUCUAAAUAUGAGAGUGAGAAAAAUCCCAUUUCCAUUACUGAUCUUCUUCUUUGUAGCUCUACUAAUCAGCUACGGUGGUGGUGCAGUGGAUCUCAGUGAAGACGCAGCAACAGUACUUUCUGGGCCUGAGAGUAAUGGGCUUAAUAGAGCCCAGUUUCCGAUGGGCUUUGUGUUCGGAACAGCCACCUCUGCUUACCAGGUCGAAGGUAUGGCCUUAAAAGAUGGCCGUGGGCCCAGUAUUUGGGACGUUUUCAUUAAUAACACUCCUGGACUUAUUGCAAAUAAUGGGACGGCUGACGUGGCAGUGGACCAGUACCACCGUUACAGAGAAGACAUCAAUAUCAUGAAAAAAUUAAACUUCGAUGCUUAUAGAUUUUCAAUUUCAUGGUCUAGAAUUUUUCCAGAUGGCACUGGAAAAGUGAAUUGGAAAGGAGUUGCUUACUACAAUAGGUUGAUUGAUUACUUGCUUAAAUCAGGCAUUACACCAUAUGCAAAUCUUUAUCACUAUGAUCUUCCUGAGACUCUUGAGGAGAAAUACUUGGGAUGGCUAAAUAAGCAAGUUAUAGAAGAUUUUGCUGAUUAUGCAGAGUUUUGUUUCAAGACAUUUGGAGACAGAGUAAAGAACUGGAUGACAUUCAACGAGCCCCGAGUUGUGGCUGCGCUCGGGUACGAUAAUGGGCUUCAUGCUCCAGGAAGGUGUUCCAAGCCAUUUGGGAAUUGCACAGCUGGGAAUUCAGCUACUGAACCUUACAUUGCUGCCCAUAAUUUAAUCUUAUCUCAUGCCGCCGCAGUUCAAAGAUAUCGCCAAAAAUUUCAAGCAGAACAAAAGGGAAGAAUUGGUAUUCUACUAGACUUUUCAUGGUAUGAGCCUCUUACUAGAUCAAAGGCUGAUAAUUAUGCUGCACAAAGAGCAAGAGACUUUCAUGUGGGAUGGUUCAUUCAUCCCAUUGUGUAUGGUGAGUAUCCAAGAACAAUGGAAGAAAUAGUAGGCAAAAGGUUACCAAAGUUCACAGAAGAUGAGAUUAAAAUGGUGAAGGGGUCAAUGGAUUUUGUGGGCAUAAACCAAUACACUGCAUACUACAUUUAUGAUCCUCACCAACCAAAAUCAAAGGACUUGGGGUACCAACAAGAUUGGAAUGUUGGAUAUGCUUUUGAGAAGAAUGGAGUGCCAAUUGGUCCUAGGGCAAAUUCUUAUUGGCUUUACCAAGUACCAUGGGGUUUGUACAAAUGCUUAACAUAUAUAAAACAUCAUUAUGGUAACCCAACUGUUAUCCUAUCAGAAAAUGGAAUGGAUGAUCCGGGCAAUGUAACACUCCCAGAAGGAUUACAUGAUAGCACAAGAAUCAACUAUUACAAAAGCUACAUAGCUGAAUUGAAGAAGGCAGUUGAUGAAGGAGUCAAUGUGGUUGGCUACUUUGCUUGGUCUUUGCUUGACAAUUUCGAGUGGAGAUUAGGUUACACUUCAAGGUUCGGAAUUGUCUAUGUUGAUUUUCACAACCUCAAAAGGUACCCAAAGAUGUCAGCUUAUUGGUUUCAAAAAUUUCUCAAUAAAAACUAGUAGGGUUUGAUUAUGAGAUUAUUUCGUUAAGCUUUUACUUUUGCUUUUAGCUUUUCAAUAAAUUGCUAAAGUUGAUUUUCUUUUAUGUAAAUCCGAACAUCAAUAAAAGUAUUUUGGUGCCUAUAAACAUGAAAGAGAAGUGAAAUAAGAUAUUUGAAAAGUAUCAUUUGGUGAGUAACUAUUUUUUUUUUAGUAGUUACUCACCUUAUUUGGAAAA